AUGGAGGCUAAAAAAAUUGAUUCGAGCACCUCCAAACAUCGCGUUUACGCCAAUGCCAGCGAUGCCCACGUCACAUCCGUCCUCCCCGAUGGCGAUGUGCCAUGGGCGGACCAUGAUAUGGACGCUGACGAGAGAGUGAUCACGGCCCUAGGAUAUAAACAGGAAUUCAAGCGCGAGUUCUCACUGUGGACGACGUUCUGUGUCAGCUUUGCAGUGCUCGGUCUGCUGCCAUCGUUCGCAAGCACCUUGUAUUAUGGAAUGGGAUACGCGGGAACAGCUGGCAUGGUUUGGGGCUGGAUUGUCGCCAUGAUUUUCAUUCAAUGUAUUGCAAUGUCAAUGGCCGAGCUUUGCUCAGCUAUGCCAACAAGUGGAGGUCUAUAUUACGCUGCAGCCGUGCUCGCACCUCCGGGAUAUGGCCCCUUGGCUGCUUGGAUCACUGGGUGGUCGAAUUGGAUCGGACAGAUCACUGCGGCGCCAUCAGUCGACUAUGCUCUGGCCGCGAUGAUUCUGGCCGCUGGGUCAAUCACAAAUCCAGACUAUGUCCCCACAACCUGGCAAACAUUCCUUCUGACAGUUUUGAUCAUGAUUAUCCACGCCGCCAUCAGCAGCCUCCCCACCAAGCGCGUUGCGCAGUUCAAUUCCUGGGGAUCCACCUUCAAUAUGCUCGCCCUCAUCGCCACGAUCAUUGCCAUCCCAGCCGGAACCAAAAACAGCCCGAAGUUCACCUCCGCUCACGACGUCUGGAGCAACAUCACCAACCAAACCGACUUUCCCGACGGCGUCGCCGUGCUCAUGACCUUCGUUGGUGUGAUCUGGACCAUGUCGGGCUAUGACUCGCCCUUCCAUCUCAGCGAGGAGUGCUCGAAUGCGAACAUCGCCUCGCCGCGUGCCAUCGUGCUCACCUCCGGCGUCGGCGGCCUGAUGGGUUGGUUCCUGCAGCUGGUCGUGGCCUACACAGUUGUCGACAUCAGCGCCGUGAUAGACUCGGAUCUCGGUCAGCCAUGGGCCUCCUAUCUGCUCCAGGUGAUGCCGCAGAAGGCGGCGCUGGGCAUCCUCGGACUGACCAUCAUCUGCGGCUUCUCCAUGGGCCAGGGCUGCAUGGUGGCCGCAUCGCGAGUGACGUACGCCUACGCGCGCGAUGACUGCUUCCCGCUGUCGCGCGUGUGGAAGAAAGUCAACGUGCAUACGCAGACUCCUGUCAACGCAGUCAUUCUGAACGCAGUGCUCGGCAUUUUGAUGUGCCUGCUCAUCCUGGCCGGGACCGUGGCCAUCGGCGCGCUUUUCUCGAUCGGCGCGAUCGCACAGUUCGUCGCGUUCGCAAUUCCCAUCUUCAUCCGCGUGUUCUUCGUUGGCAAUCGCUUCCGCAGGGGCCCGUGGCAUCUGGGCCCGUUUGGGCCAUAUAUCGGGGCUGUGGGCGUGUCGUUCGUCGUGCUGAUGGUGCCGAUUUUGUGUCUUCCUAGUGUGAGGGGCGCUGACUUGGCCCCGGACCUGAUGAACUGGACGGCGCUGGUAUAUGGGGGGCCAAUGCUGGCUGUUUUGGUGUGGUGGGUGGUAGAUGCGCGUCACUGGUUCAAGGGACCGGUGGUGAACGUCGAGCAUUCAAUGCAUCCGGUGGUGAGCGAUGGCGUCGAGCCGGAGCCGCAGCUCGGGUCAGAGGGCAUAGCGAGCUCUGGUAAGUCCGCUAAGGAAUAA